UAAUCGCCAGCGCAUUCACGACAAGAAGAACGCUUGGUCACCCUUAACACCAGUCUCUCCAGAAACAAAAAUGCCGUCUCGCGUGCCCAGCGUGGCUGCUGGUAAGCAGAAGGCACAGCUCCCACCGCCCACCGCGGGUGGUCCAGGAGUAGACAAGAUGGACGCUGCAGGUACUGCUGGUAAGCGCAGCCGGCCGCAGAAGCAGAAGCCGGCGAAUUUUCUCUCGCCGUUUGACAAGUCGUCCGAUUACUACGAGGACGAUGAGGAUGAAGGAAAUCAGGACGACGAUGAGGGUUUUUACGACGAGAACAAUGAUGAAGACUCCGAGGAGCAGGAGUCGGAGGAGGAGUCCGAGGCGGAUGAACCCGCUCCGAAGAAGAAGAAAAAACCGACAUCUUCGCGUGGACCUGCUGCGGACAAGAAGAUACUAGAAAAGUAUUCCGAAAAGUACAAAACGUUCAUCAAAAAACCGCAACCGGCACUCCUGCUGAACGAGAAGCGAGUGACGUUUGACGCGACUUCUCAGGCGUGGAAGAUCCGCAUCAAGAACCCGCAGCGGCUGAUCAACUUCUGCCGGGAAGCGAUGCUGUGCGAGGGGCUGCUGAAGCCGUUGACGCCCCACUUAAUGUGGGCGGCGUGGGUCAAGGAAAAGGCGAAGUUUACGCUGAGCAAAAACGUCCCCACCCCAGAGUCAAGUUGGGAACUCAGCAACACAAAUCCAGAAGUUUUAGGGGUGACGCAUGACAAAUUUCUCUCUGUAUUGUAGUGCAGGGUAGCAAGAGCAGCCGCAUCAUAAAGCCAUUCUCCUAUCCUGCUUACAGCAUUACAGAUUCCAAAACACGAUUGAAAAUGGCUGUCACGCGGGUGCGCAUUCCAAAUGUUGCUGUAAUUGCAAAUCUGCAUGACAACUCUGGUAUGCGGACGCUUUUGCUCAGGAUAAAUUUGCAGGAAAAUGGCGAGCUGUCCGAGGACAUGGAGGACAUAUCCUGUGCAAAAGUAUCGUACUCGUAUAAAUGCAAGUCUUGCAUUACAAAUCUCCUUCCGAAGGCAAAACAGCAUGACAAAUUCCAUUUGUCAUGCUGAGCUAAUUUGUAUUGCAAUUACUACUAGUACGAUACUUUUGCAGUUCAUAGGACAUCGACUUCACCAAUGUCCUACCGGAGGAGUGCUACGGCCACGAUUGGACGAAGGAGCGGGAAAAGUGGGUCCGCGUGAAGCACAUCAGCAAGUACUUGGACGCUUACAACGCGUACGCCACCGACCAGGACCGGACGUAUUACCGGAAGGAGUUCGACCGGCAAUUCGCUCUGUACGCGACGAAGGUGCGGAUGUUUUUCUGCGUAUGCAAUACAAAUUUCCUUUUCCCGUACAACAUUGACAACAUGCAUCACAAAUUUCGCCACCUUAGAGCAUGCCUUGCCACAUGUCAUGCCUAAACAGGAUUCAAUGGGACCUUUGUCAUGCAGAAACUGCAUUUGUACGACGUGUACGGAAAAUUCACUGUGCAUACUGCGGGCACCGGGCUUACUACCUGUUCAAGCGGGUGGUGGAUUGGAUCCGGUGCCAGCACAUACAGGUGGACCUGGAGCGGCUGCGUCUGAAACAGGAGAAAGACGGUAAAAAUAUGGGGAGUUGAGUUUUUGCUGUGGUCACAGGAACCGAGCUUCUUGCACAUCAAAUCCUGCCUAGAAGUAGCUCGCGUCAUGACAUUAAGUAAACAACGCAGAUAUAAUGAUUUUCAUGUCGAUUCACAUUAUCAUUCUCAUCUGAAUAAUAAAACAACACAACCAGGUGGCGUUUCCGAUGUACCUGCCCGGCGUGCCUACCACACCGCGCGGCAGUAUUUCAUGCAGACCGCGAUUCCGAAGUACGAGCAAAAGCAGAAAGAGGAGAACCCGAAUGAUACCAGGACGAAGCUGGAAAAGUUUCGGGUAUCCUGUGCAAAAGUAUCGUACUCGUAUAAAUGCGUUACAAAUAAUUUCCGCAGCAUAAUGCGGAUUGAGCUUAAAAACAAGAUUUGUAUAUCGCAUGUUUGCAAUUACUACGAGCACGAUACUUUUGCGCAGGACAUCGGGAGUGCUUUGACAAAGCGACCAAGGAGUGGAAUUCGCUUCGCGUCGCGGCCGCCUCGGCCACAACCAACUGGAACACACCAAAGCAGAAAGAGAUGCAGCGCUUGGAGAAGCACGUAGCGGCUGCUAUGAAAGCCUCAGGUUGAAAAUCCUCAAAGUGGAAAUAAUUUGUAAUGCAAAAAAACGACUCCAGUUGAAGCGGCAUUUGUAGUCGGCGCAUGACAAAUUUCCCGGGCACUUAAAGCAUGUCUUUCAUGCAGGUUAAGGCAAAGGGAUGCCAUUCUGUCGUGCUAAGCAGCAUUCCAAUUCUUCAACUCUAGCAGGAUAAUAGUCGGCCUCCAUUGCGUCUGCGUCCUCUGCAAUACAGUCUUUUUUGCGUCGCAUUUCAUGCAUCACAAAUCAUUUUCACUUUGAGGAUUUCCAUUCUGAGCUUUUCAUAGCUGCGAAGCAAGCGGAGAAGAUGGAGUGGACGAAGUUCCGGGCGUCCGCCGUCGGAAAGCAGUUCGAGUUAAAGCACGAUAUCAAGUGCAAAAAUGUCUGGGUCUGGAAGAAUGCAUGUUUGUCAUGCUUGUCUGGCAUGACUCUUAAAUCUGCCAUGCACGUUACCCAAGAGCUCCAUUUCUCUGUGAUGCAGAAACGCAGUUUGUCAUGCAGAAUAGGCAACACCUAGAAACUCAGAAACUUGUCAUGCUGAGCCAGCAUUUGUGGCCUCAUCAUGAGACGCCAGCCAGCAUCACAAGUUUCCAGAGGACCCAGACAUUUUUACAAUUGAUACACGAAUACUUGAACCAACACUUUUGGAAAAAGAAGCUGCGGUACCAGGACUGGCAAAACCGGGUGAAGGAGAUCAAAUUGUUGAACCAGAUAUGCUUUGCAAAAGGAUCGUACUCGUAGUAAUCGCAGUCAUGCAUAACAAAUAUCGUUCCCAAGGCAAAUCUGCAUUUGUCAUGCUGAGGAAACUUGUAAUGCCAUUCAAACGUACUAGUAAGUACGAUGCUUUUGCAGUUCAUACCAGAUGGACCGCGACAGCACCCUCGGGCCGCUGAAACCGGCGGACGCGCGAAAGCGAGACGACUACACCGCGGAGCUGGCCCAGUACUUUCCGCUGACACCGUUAUGAAUUGCAAAAGGAUCGUACUCUUAUCCAUGCAUUACAAAUUUCCUCAGCAUGAGAAAUAAAAUUUGUAGUGCGGAUUUACCUUGACAAAGAAAUUUGUAAUGCAUGACUGCAAUUACUACGAAACGAUUGCGAUACUUUUGCACAGCAUACCCGAAGGACCGGAGCAACUUGAUCGAGCAGCUGUUCAAAGACGCUGACAAAGUGAAAAUCGACAAAAAAUUGGACUGCCCCACCUUGCCCUCUACCAUGACGUUCGUUUCUGGGGGAAUGUUCGCUGAGGUGAAAAAUGGUAGUGGUCCCGGCGAUCUUGCGUCGGCACCUUGGAGGAACCAAGGAAAAUUUACAUUUCUCGAUUCUGCAACGUUCAACGAUCCGAAGAAGAACAUGCUGGCGAAGAAGGGCAACUUUCUCCAGCCGGGGAAGGAGGGCGAGGAAGUAUGAAGUGCAAAUAUGAUGUCAGGGUCUGGAAGCUUCGGGGAGUUUGUCAUGCAAUUUUUACAUAACCUGCCCCCGCGGUGUCGGUGAUGCAUGUCGUAGUAUCAUUCACAGACUCUACUGCGAGGACUUUAUGAUGCCCAUACCGCAUGAGAAAUAUCUCCCCAUGUAGUAGCAAAAAACUGGACCUUUUUUGAUGUUCAUGCAAUUUGUAGAGUCCAAAGGCCGCGUCACAGGGUGCAUCCAUCCAGACGCAGACAUAUUUGCAAUGCAUAGGAAGAUGACUUUUACGACCCUUCGGACGACGAGGAGGAGGCGGAAACUACGGAACAAAACCAGAUGAACCAGAAGGAAAUAAACGACAACAAAAAGAACGUUGAUUGUUCCGAGGACGGGAUGAAUGUGAAAAUGAAAAGCGAAGACGAAGAAAUAGAAAAGGUUCUCGUGGGAAUAGAAACAAUAACCGACGAAGCUGUUCAGGCUAUCGAAGAAAUGGACGAAGACCUGUCUUCUGAUGACAGUGACUGGCUGAACAACUCGUCCGACGACGAUGAGGAACAAACCAAUCUGUUGAACAGCAAAAAUAAAUCGUUGAACAACAUCACCAGCAGGGAAAACUCGGCGAUUUUCACGGUGAAGGGAAUCCGCCGCGGUGCGACCCUGAAAUCGGCGAAAAAAGCGUUGAGAGCCGCGGACGAGCUGAAGGUCCGCAGUGACGGGGUCAACGCAAAAGUGAAGCAGCAGGUGGCGGAAAGAAAGAAGGACAAAAAGCAAGCCGAGAUGCAGGCACUCUGUGACGAAUUCAUGGCGGAGGAAUUAGACGAUGACGAGCUCGCGUUUGAAAUGGCAAUCAAAGACAAGAAAGCCAAAGCGGAUAAAGACGAUGAGGAAAGUGGGAGUGAAGACGAUGAGGAUGAAAAGGAAAACUCCGAUGAAGAUGCGAGUCAGGAACAAGCGUGGCGGGAAGCGAGCAAAGCGAUCGUUGACGCAAAAACGACGAAGGAAAAAAUCAAAGCGAUUAAGGCCAUCACGUGGGAGGAUUUCAAAGGAAAGUGGGAAGAUAUGGUGCGGGAGGACGCGCGGAAAACCAAGCAGCACGGGUCCUACAAGGAAGCUCUGGUCACCAUGGUGGGAGGCUUAGACACCGAGGACAAGGAGGAGGUCCGGAAAGCGAAAAUGAUGAAGAUCGCAGAACUGGAAAGGGAACGGAACGCGCAAAGAAACCGCCAGAGGACGAAACCUUCGGAAGGGAAGGUGAAUCGCCCGAUCGAGAACAAGAAGGAAGAUCUAGACAAAUUGAAGAAGGACAUCAUCAAAAAAGGCGUCGUGAAGCCGAUGACAGAGGCGUUUUCGCAAUUUUCGCAGUUCCGCCCGAAGCCCCGGACGGUGCGGAAGUGGGAAAAACAAGGGAAGACGUCAUUGAAGCAAAAAAUGGUGAUCGGUUGGGACGUAUCAAAUGCAAAUAUGUCUGGGUCUGGGCGAAGGUUGCAACUUGUGAUGCUGUCUUUGGAUUCUGAAAAAAUCUGUAUUGCAUGACAAGCAAGAGGAGUACAGUUUGUGCUUCGCAUGGAGGGCAUUUGUCAUGCGGAAUAGGCAUCAGGAAGCCCUCAACAAAUCGGUGAUGCUAGGGCAUGCAUUACUGGCGUCGUGGGCCAUGCGAAACCUGCAUGACAAACCUUGCAAUCGUCGUCCAGACCCAGAGGACAUAUUUGCAGUGCAUAGGACGAUGACGCGCUGGACGAGUACGUGCAGAAGCAGAAACAAAUACAUUCUUCGGAGCACUCGGAAUUGGUUCAUCCUGCGGAGAUGAUGAACAGAAAUUCUUCUUCUUCUUCUUCCGCCAGCUCCAGUAAAGUCACAAAUAACACUAGUGCGAUUGUGAAGCUGCAGAAAAAUGCUUUUGGUCUUGCGCGAGUAGCUAAAAAGGGCGGCGGUGAAAGGGGAAAUGAUACACCAGGGAAGAACAAGAAGGGAACAAGCACAGGGGCUGCGUCUUCAAAGGUGAAAAAAGGUGGAGCUGCGGGUAAGGGCAACAAAAUUUCGAAAAAGCAAAACGAUUCCUCCGACGAGGACGAGACUAGUGAAGAAGAAGAAGACGAAUCAUCCGAAGAGGCGAUCGACGAGGAAGACGACCUUAUGGCGGAAAUCGAGUCGGAGGAAAAAGCCGCACGGGAAAAAGCGAAAAAGGCAAAAGAAAACUUUCUCUUCGGCGGUGGAAAUGCGAAGAAAGUGCCUCCUGCGGCAGGUGCGUCCUCCUCGUCGGCCUCUUCGUCGACGGCCGUAGUCCAGAACUACAAAGCGGUUGCCGAGAUGAAAAAGCGGAACGAGAUGAACGCGGAGUUCGCGGCCUUGUUGGAAGAGCAGAGCAGCGGCAGCGAGGAUGACGAGGACGAGGAAGGACAAGGGCAAGGUGGCGGUGGUAGUAAAAUGGGGACUAUGAAAGGCAAGGGGAACAAGAAGGGAACAUCCAAGGGGAAAAAAGGGCAAGGCAAAGGGAGCAAGUUCGACCACAAUGAUCUGGGGCUGGAGCUGGAGGACGAUGAAGAGGAAGGGUCGGAGGAAGACCAGGAAGAGUCCGGGGAACAAGAGAGUCAAACCGACGAAGAUGAAGAGGCGGAGCAAGAUGAGUCUUCCUCUGGCGAUGAAGAAAACGCAGCAAAUGAGGGAGCUGCAAGCUCGGGCAAAAAGAAGGUUUCGCUCUCCGGUAAGAAGGGAAAGGGCAAACUGAUCGAGAUUUUGAAGGGCAAAGGCAAAAAGGGAAAGGGAAAGUUGAUGAUGCUGUUGAAAGGUGGCAAGAAGGGAAAGGGAAAGCAAGCGGGAGAAGGAAAAUCUUCUUCUUCGGGGAAAGGUGGUGUGAAGAAGUAAAUGUUAACGUUGCAUUGCUACCAGAAUGAUAAACUCAACAACUUCUUGUGUUUAUUCGUUUCGAAAAUUUUUCAGAUUUUGUGGCGUGCUGAAGCCCUAGUUUUUUUUUCAUGUGUUGUUCAUCAAAGCGAAGGCGAACAGCAACUCAUGCUGCGACAACAGAAUACACUGCAUCAAGUUUCGAUAAAACAAAGACGGUAGUUGCAACGAGAUACGUUGACAUUAGCAAUUGAAACUCAAGAAUGUGGCAGCUAAACCAAAAGUUUGUGUUUGAUCAAUAUUAUUUUCAAAGGUUGUUUACUGUUUCUGUUUCUCAUCUCGUGCUAACAAACUAUUUACUGAAGAGAAAGAUGCGCAUGGACGAGUGCAGCAAGAAUGCAGGAAGUGCGCAGCAGGUCUUCAAGCUCGAAUGCAUUGCAACAAAUGCAGAUGCUAAAGAUGGGAAUGGGUAACCUUUUAUCUCGUUUGAAAUAAAAAUCAAUCCAAUGUAACAUUGGAUUGAAACAUUGGCAAU